AAAGAACUGUUUCCCAGCACCUGUCUGCUAGAGUCAGGUUGUGAGGUGUGAACGGUGAGCCGUCCCUCUGUUUCCGCCCCUCCCCCACACUGGCCAAGGCCAGCACCUUAAUGUUAUCAGCAGGCCGAGUGAAGGCCGCCUCCCCAGUCCCAUGAUGUAACCCAGUUUCCAUCUGAUUCUGGUGACCUUGGGGACACAGGGGUGUUGAUGGGAAAGGGGAGGAGAGAAGGGGUAGAGACCAGGCAGUGGUGCAGGCAUCUAGCUGCUCUUCCACUUCUGUCUCCGGGUCUGCUGUUCUCUGCUGGGAAGAAAAAAAGGCUGAGCGAUCACUUGAACCACUGGAUCAGUGAUGCUGGCUUGAGGUGGUAGUGGGAGGCCCAGCGGAUCGUGAGGAGCCAGCCCGGGCAGUGUAGAUGGCUUGGCAGGUGAGCCUGCCCGAGCUGGAGGACCGGCUUCAGUGUCCCAUCUGCCUGGAGGUCUUCAAGGAGCCCCUGAUGCUGCAGUGCGGUCACUCCUACUGCAAGAGCUGCCUGGUCUCCCUGUCCUGCCACCUGGACGCGGAGCUGCGCUGCCCCGUGUGCCGGCAGGCGGUGGAUGGCAGCAGCUCCCUGCCCAACGUCUCCUUGGCUCGGGUGAUCGAAGCCCUCAGGCUCCCUGGGGACCCGGAGCCCAAGGUCUGCAUGCACCACCAGAACCCGCUCAGCCUCUUCUGCGAGAAGGACCAGGAGCUCAUCUGCGGCCUCUGCGGUCUGCUGGGCUCCCACCAGCAUCACCCAGUCACGCCCGUCUCCACUGUCUACAGCCGCAUGAAGGAGGAGCUCGCAGCCCUCAUCUCUGAGCUGAAGCAGGAGCAGAAGAAGGUGGAUGAGCUCAUCGCCAAACUGGUGAACAACCGGACCCGGAUCGUCAAUGAGUCAGAUGUCUUCAGCUGGGUAAUCCGCCGAGAGUUCCAGGAGCUGCACCACCUGGUGGACGAGGAGAAGGCCCGCUGCCUGGAGGGGAUAGGGGGUCACACCCGUGGCCUGGUGGCCUCCCUGGACAUGCAGCUGGAACAGGCCCAGGGAGCCCGGGAGCGGCUGGCUCAAGCCGAGUGUGUGCUGGAGCAGUUCGGCAAUGAGGAGCACCAGGAGUUUAUCCGGAAGUUCCACUCCAUGGCCUCCAGGGCAGAGCUGCAGCAGGCCCGGCCCUUGGAAGGCGCAUUCAGCCCCAUCUCCUUCAAGCCGGGCCUCCACCAGGCAGACAUCAAGCUGACUGUGUGGAAAAGGCUUUUCCGGAAAGUUCUGCCAGCCCCAGAGCCUCUCAAGCUGGACCCUGCCACUGCCCACCCGCUCUUGGAGCUCUCCAAAGGCAACACGGUGGUGCAGUGUGGGCUCCUGGCCCAGCGGCGUGCCAGCCAGCCGGAGCGCUUUGACUACAGCACCUGCGUCCUGGCCAGCCGUGGCUUCUCCUGCGGCUGCCACUACUGGGAGGUGGUGGUGGGCAGCAAGAGUGACUGGCGCCUGGGGGUCAUCAAGGGCACAGCCAGCUGUAAGGGCAAGCUGAACAGGUCCCCUGAGCACGGCGUGUGGCUGAUUGGCCUGAAGGAAGGCCGGGUGUAUGAAGCCUUCGCCUGCCCGCGGGUGCCCCUGCCCGUGUCGGGCCACCCCCACCGCAUUGGGGUCUACCUGCACUAUGAGCAGGGUGAGCUCACCUUCUUUGACGCCGACCGCCCCGAUGACUUGCGGCCGCUCUACACCUUCCAGGCUGACUUCCAAGGCAAGCUCUACCCCAUCCUGGACACCUGCUGGCACGAGAGGGGCAGCAACUCGCUGCCCAUGGUGCUGCCCCCUCCAAGUGGGCCUGGUCACCCCAACCCAGGGCAGCCCACCAAGCUGUAGGGGUCCUGCUGGCCCACAGGCCCAUCCCUGUGGGGCACCGGGGACUCGUGUGUUUCUGCUGGGUUCCGAGGUGGUAUCUUCGGGGACCAGGAAGGUCUUCAAGCCUGUGUCCCUGGAACAUUGAAUGAUAGGGAACAGGGAACAGGAACCCAAUUCCUUUCCCGUCAGCCAGGUGGGUAUUUGUAAACUUCUGCCCCCAGGCCUUGGCAGCCACAGGACACACAGAACUCCCCGCCGUCCCCUCUAACCACGCCCUCUGCGCAGACGCUGCCAACUGAGGGCAGUAGUCCCACACGUGCUUUUUCCUUAUGACUGGGAACUUUCUACUACUGCCAAGGGUAAUAAAUCUGACAUUAUUUCACUUUAAA